CACAUCCCACUCUGUCCUGCUCCUCACCAGGCCCAGGCCCUCUGUUCCCCGCAGAUAGACGAUGAGCAGCCACGCCAACAGCCUGUUCCUGCGGGAGAGCGGCCAGCGGCUGGGCAGGAUGGGCUGUCUGCAGCGGCUGCAGGACAGCAUGCAGCAGAGAGCACUGCGCACGCGCCUGCGCCUGCAGACCAUGACCCGCGAGCACGUGCUGCGCUUCCUGCGCAGGAACGCCUUCAUCCUGCUGACCAUCAGCGCUGUGAUCAUAGGGGUCAGCCUGGCCUUUGGCCUACGCCCGUACCAGCUCACCUACCGCCAGAUCAAGUACUUUUCUUUCCCUGGAGAGCUUCUCAUGAGGAUGUUGCAAAUGCUGGUGCUGCCGCUCAUCGUCUCCAGCCUGGUCACAGGUAUGGCAUCCCUGGAUAACAAGGCAACAGGGCGGAUGGGGAUGCGGGCAGCUGUGUACUACAUGGUGACUACGGUCAUUGCGGUCUUCAUCGGCAUUCUCAUGGUCACCAUCAUCCAUCCUGGGAAGGGCUCCAAGGAGGGGCUGCACCGUGAGGGCCGGAUUGAGACCAUCCCUACAGCUGAUGCCUUCAUGGACCUGGUCAGAAAUAUGUUUCCGCCCAACCUUGUGGAGGCCUGCUUCAAACAGUUCAAGACGCAGUACAGCACGAGGUUGGUAACCAGGACCGUUGUGAGGACAGAGAAUGGAUCUGAGCAGAGCGCCUCCAUGCCUCCUCCAUCGUCAAUGGAGAAUGGAACCAGCCUCCUGGAAAAUGUCACACGAGCCUUGGGCACCCUGCAGGAGGUGCUGACCUUUGAGGAGAUUGUGCCUGUGCCUGGCUCAGCCAAUGGCAUCAAUGCCCUGGGCCUUGUGGUCUUCUCUGUGGCCUUUGGGCUGGUCAUUGGUGGCAUGAAACACAAGGGCCGAGUCCUGCGGGACUUCUUCGACAGCCUCAAUGAGGCUAUUAUGAGGCUGGUGGGCAUCAUUAUCUGGUACGCACCUGUGGGCAUCCUGUUCCUGAUUGCUGGGAAGAUCCUAGAGAUGGAAGACAUGGCCGUUCUGGGGGGUCAGCUGGGCAUGUACACCCUGACUGUAAUUGUGGGCUUGUUUCUCCAUGCCGGUGGUGUCCUGCCUCUCAUCUACUUCCUCAUCACCCAUCGGAACCCCUUCCCCUUCAUCGGGGGCAUGCUGCAGGCCCUUAUCACUGCCAUGGGCACAUCUUCCAGCUCUGCGACACUGCCCAUUACCUUCCGCUGCCUGGAGGAGGGCCUGGGUGUGGACCGCCGCAUCACCAGGUUCGUGCUGCCCGUGGGGGCCACUGUCAACAUGGACGGCACUGCCCUCUACGAGGCCCUGGCAGCCAUCUUCAUUGCCCAAGUCAACAACUACGAGCUCAACCUGGGUCAGAUCACAACUAUCAGUAUCACUGCCACAGCGGCCAGCGUUGGGGCUGCUGGCAUUCCCCAGGCGGGUCUGGUCACCAUGGUCAUUGUGCUCACAUCAGUCGGCCUGCCCACUGAAGACAUCACGUUGAUCAUAGCUGUGGACUGGUUCCUAGAUCGACUUCGCACAAUGACCAAUGUGCUGGGGGACGCCAUUGGAGCAGCCGUCAUUGAGCAUUUGUCUCAGCGGGAGCUAGAUCUGCAGGAAGCUGAGCUCACCCUCCCCAGCCUGGGGAAGCCCUACAAGUCACUCAUGGCACAAGAGAAAGGGGCAUCCAGGGGACGGGGUGGCAAUGAGAGUGCCAUGUGAGGGAUGUCUUGGGAAAAACCCACUGCCUGAAUGACCCACACCCUGAACACAUAUUUUGUCCGACGUGUUUGAGGGAAACUAAGAUAAAGGAGCAGGACUGAAAGGAUGUCCACAGUCUUCAUUUCUCUCUGAGCCUAUACUCAGAACUCGAGGGAGGUUGGGCAAGGGUGGAAAUCGGAAAUGUUUUCCCUGGGGUUGUGGGUAUAGGAAGCUUCAGGUUCAACAAGGUGAGGGGUCAUCUCAUGCUCCUUAUUUCCUUAAGGAGCAGUGUAAUUGAAGAAGGUAAAGGGAAACCACUAUUUCUUAUAAUAAAACAAUAUCCAUGGCCUGUGUGUUGGGAGGUUCUCAA